AUGCUCCCUACAAAUAAGCUCACUGACACACAUGUGCUCACUACAGAAAAGCUCACUGGCACACACAUGCUACCUACAGAACAGCUCACUGUCACACACAUCCUCACCACAGACAACCUCACACACAAGCUCACUAUAGAAAAGCUUACUGACACACACACGCUCACUACAGACAAGAGCACUGACACACACAUGCUCACUGACACACACACGCUCACUACAGACAAGAGCACUGACACACACAUGCUCACUGACACACACAUGCUCACUACAGACAAGCUCAUUGACAUACACAUGCAACCAACAGACAAGCUCUCUGACACACACACAUGCUUCCAAUAG